ACGCCAGCCAUGGUAUGUCUCUAUCACCAAAUUUUCUCAGCCUUUACAAUCCUACUAUUUCUAAGCGCUCACUCGCUAUACGCUUAUCCCGCUCCCGUCUACAUAUAGAAGCGACAAAAGUAACUCGCUUUGCGGUUAUCCCGGUAUUCCAAUCAUUCCGCUGUUCCGGACAAUCAAAUUUAUUGGCCAACGCGGAAGGUAAAUUUCCGGGCCCUGGCCAAAUGGGUUGCAAAGUUUGUAUACUGCAUAUAAUUUGAAAAACGGUGAAUCAGGUGACUACCACUGAUGUUACACAUUUUUCUGUUUUGCAUGGAUCCUUUUACCUUGACAACUGUGAUAGUAACUAAUGUGGAAGUUGCAGUUAAUGGGCCCUCUUAAGCCCCACAGGUGUGUAUAACCAUCAAGGUGACGAAACAACUAUAUUGGCCUGGAACUAUGGCAAGUCAUAGUAUUUCGUUAUAGAUUGACUACCAGGGUAGUUGAACAACCUAGACACGAUACAGACGACUUCAUGUCGGUAGACAGCUGGAUUUGGUACAUAGUUGCCAUAACUAUCUUAUUUGACCUAUAUUUGCCCUGAUUAUUUGAUUAUGUUACUCCCCUCCACCUCCAAAUCGCCCCCUUCGACAAUCGCACGUACUGGAAGGUUCUAGAACAAACGAAAAAUCCAACGCUACCAGACAAAAAAAAUCCCAUCUCACAGGUAUCAGAAAAAUUACAACUAUAUAUUAAAUAUAUCUUCUAACAACCAAUUUAUUAUCACAAACUCCAACACAUCUACAAAAAUGGACAAACUUUUACAAUGGUCGAUUGCACAACAAUCAGGUGAUCAAGAAGCCAUGGCUAGAAUCGGUCAACCUGAUGAAAAAAUGUUACAACAAUUAUUUGGUGGUCCCGAUGAACCCACCUUGAUGAAACAAUCCAUAACCCUAGUCAAUGAUCCCGAAGUCACUUUAGAAAAUAAAGAAAUCGCACUUGAGAACUUUGAAAUGUUGAUUGAAAACUUGGAUAAUGCCAACAAUAUCGAAAACUUAAAGUUAUGGCCUUCCAUUGUCAAUUUAUUAGACCCAACCAGCCCAGAAUCGUUAAGAUUGCUCGCAUGUAGCAUCAUUGGUACGGCAGUUCAAAACAACCCCAAAUCUCAAGAAGAUUUCUCAAACACCGAAGGAAUCAACCACUUGAUCCAACUUGCACAUAGCGAUACCAACAAACAAAUUCAAUUAAAGGCCCUAUACGCCAUUUCUUCGUUCAUAAGGAACUACAAACCUGCAUACACCCAAUUUGAACAAUACCAAGGAUGGAACAUCAUACAAUCAGAUACUACCGAUUCGAAACGAAUCAUCAGAGUAUUGUCGAUUGUCUCUUCAAUCUUGUCCAACGGAAUAGAUACAAACACUCAUCAACAAAUUAAACAACAAGGUUUACCAGGGUUAUUGGUAUCAGUAUUGCAUAAAGAUUCCAACGUCAACCUUCUUGAUAAGGCCAUCAAUAUUAUUGUUGAAUUACAUAAUCACAAGUAUGAAUUCACCGAUGAAGAAAUAAGCUCGAUCAAAGCUGCUAUUCAAGAUAUCAGUAAUGUUGAACAUUUAAACAAGGAUGAUCUUGACGCUGUAACUAAUAUUUGGGCAUAAUGUGUAUAAAGAUUUAUAGCUAAGUAAUAAUAUCAUCUGGGUCAUCAGCCGUAAAGAAUUUAUGUAGCGCACUAUCAACUGAUGGUGGUACAAUAUUUCUCCCAAAAUUAUCUUGUCCUAGCGUUCCUUGCGCUUUUAAUGUCGUGUACACUUGAUUCAUUGUCUUGUAUUGCACGUAUAGCCUAUCUGCUUUCGAUUCGGUCAUUAAAUUAAACUGUUGUAUUGACUGUAGGAAAGUUGAUUUGGCAUCACUUCCAGAUCUUACCGUGCCAAUAUUUGCCAAAUCUUUAUUUCUCUCAUAUUUAUCAUACAACGACGAUGCAAUGGUGUAUGUGAACGAAUUCAACCAGUUGAUAGCUUCAAGUCGAGUACGCACCAUGAAUAUAUUAAUGCUUAGCUCAAUUUGGAUUUGAUUAACUAGUUGUUCAAUUUCUUUGGAGGGUGGGUAACUUUCAAUAUCAUUGGGUGUUUUCCUUUUUGUUUGUUUAGUGGGUGAUCCCAUGCGUUCUAGAACUUGGUUCUUGAAUUGGCGCUGUUCAUAAGCUUUGAUUUUGUUGAGUAGGUGAUCAUAUGCCUCAACUACUAAUAUCACAUGAGGAGUCUCGUCUCCUCGAACAUUGUCCAAUGCUAUCUUUGAGGAUAUGACAUCACCAGUUAAAGUUUUAUCAUUAAGUCUCGCUAUGAAUGUAUCAGCAGUAUAGUAAAGAACAACCACUGGCUCGGUGAUAGUAGUGGGAGGACAUGGAAUGAAUAUAUCCCUGAUUAAGUCAUAUCUGGAGUUAAUAUGCCUAUUCCAAGAUAUUAUUGGUUGGGAAUAGUGUUCCAGUGUAAUUCGACAUUGGAAGUUAUCACUUGUAUCAGUGAAUAGUUCAUAUACUGAAGACUCGAUUCCUAGUUCCAUUUCUGCAAAUAAUUCUUCUUUCUUUUUUGUCACUUUGUUAGCAUUAACGAGCUCCUUAUGUGAAUAUUUGAAUCCGUCAACCUGGGGUGUGUCAAGCAGUGGUUCGGCUUUCUUUGAUUUCUUCUGAGGUCUAGUAGUUUCAGUUGUGCUCUGCUUUGGUUUGCCAGUAAAUAGUUCUUUACAUUUUUGUAUAAAGUCAAGAUCGGGAUCAUUGCGUAAAGGUAGUGUCGGUAUAUCACCAUCCAGGUCCUGAUCUAUAUCAAUAGGGAUCGGUACAUCACCAUCCAGGUCCUGAUCUAUAUCUACAGGGGUCGGUAUUUGCAAGUCCACAACGUUGUUCACUUUCGGUUUAGGCUGGUUUUGAAUGUGUUCCUUUCGUAGAGUAUGCUUUUUUGGUAUGUGUUGACUUAUCACGUCGUGGUUAGUGUCAGAGUCGCUAGACAACCAGUGAACCAAAUCAAGCACCUUCUCUUGAGGUUUGUUCACCUCGUUCAGAAAUGAAAAUGAAGAGUCGAUAAUUGAAUCAUUGGCCAAAACUCUAGACUGUUUAGGUUGCUCUUUCACCGGACUUGCCCUUGGGACUAUUAUUGGUGAAGAUGCUAUGCUAAAAGCCGGUGGAACAUCGCUAUUUACACGUUCUUGCGUGGGUGGUAAGUUAGUAGGAGACGUGUGCGGCACAGCUGCACUAGAAGACUGAGGUGCCGACUUCAAAAGUUCGGAAGUUUCUGGGAGUAUAGUGGAUGAUUCUAUUUCCACCACUUCUAGGCUCUCACUCAGGGAUUCAUCCAGUGAUAGUGAGAUCACUUCAAUAUCUGUCAUACCAUCUACUUGGGGUUGAUUUGGUUGUAAA